AUGUUUCUGAGUCACAUCUACACUUUCCUUGUGGCCUUUACUUCUAUCUUUUUCAAAGUUUCUUGUUCAUCAUCUGAGUUCAGUUUAGAUGGAGAUUAUUUAUUGGGUGGACUUUUUCCAAUACAUGAAGCUGAACAUGCAGAACCCCUGUUCUCACCGGAGGCCAUUGAAUGUUUUAGGCAAACUUCCUCAGACUCAGGCUAUCAAAUGUUUCAAGUAAUGAGGUUUGCUGUUGAGGAGAUUAAUAACUCAAGCACCCUGCUGCCCAAUGUCUCUCUGGGUUAUGAAGUUUUUGAUUAUUGUUCUGACACUAAGAAUUUCCCUUCAGUCUUCAGUUUUAUCUCACAGAACGGAUCAAUAAAACCUAAAGAAAAACUCAACAGCCAUCAGACUAAAGUCAUUGCUUUAACAGGACCUUAUGGAAACACAAGAACUAUUACUAUUGCACCACUGAUCACAAUGGACCUUAUACCACUGGUUAAUUAUGGAGCUACCAGCUAUACACUGAGUAAUAAACUUCAGUAUCCAUCUUUUAUAAGAACAAUCCCUAGCAACAAAGACUUGAUACAGAUGAUUAUUCACAUCAUCAGGUGGUUUAAAUGGAACUGGGUUGCUUUUCUUGGAGACCCAGACAGUGAAGAAGGCCUUCAACUAUUUAACAAUUAUAUCAGAAAUACGGGCAUUUGUUUGGCUUAUCAAGAGAUUCUCAGUCAAAGUGCAAACUACAGUCUAACUCUUCAAAAGAUUGAUAAGCUCAACAUCAAUGUCAUUGUGGUUUUCACUGUGCCACAAUAUGCAAAAAAUAUAAUCAAAGCAGCCAUAACAAACAACAUCCGAGACAAAGUUUGGAUUGCAAGUGAAACAUGGUCCAUGAAUCAGCAGCUUCUAAAAGAGCCAGGAAUUGAGAAAAUUGGAACAAUUAUUGGCAUUACAGAGAGAUUUUUGUCAUUGCCAGGAUUUAAUGAAUUCAUUUAUAAAACCAAAGAAACAACUGAGGUUUAUCCUAAUGAUAACACUGAGAGUGAAAUCCACACAAAUACAUGUAAUCAAGAUUGUGACAACUGCUCAUUGGUGACCGCAGAGGAAAUUAUAAAUGAAGAUCCCACAUUCUCUUUUGCCAUCUACGCUGCCAUAUACACCAUAGCUCAUGCAUUACAUAAAGUUCUGCACUGCAACAUGAACCAAUGCAACAAAAAUACAACAGUUAAGCCAUACAUGCUUCUAGGAGAAAUUACGAAAUUGAAUUUUCCACUGAAUGGCCGUCAGGUGAAAUAUGAUGAUAAUGGUGAUCCAGCUGUCAGUUACGCUGUUGUCAUCUGGCACACUGUAACAAAUCCUCCAUGGAUUGAGAUGGUGGGCACUUAUGACACGUAUCCAGAAAUUAAUUUUACCAUUGACAACUUACUCAUGCCCUGGGGUAACAAUACUUCUUCUAUUCCUUUCUCAAACUGCUCUGUUGAGUGUAAGGAGGGAUUUUCAAGAGAACAUGUGGGAUAUCAUGAUUGCUGCUUUCUGUGUAAUAAAUGUCCACAAAACAGCUAUGUGAAUUAUUCUCGGGACCCCUAUACCUGUUUUCCAUGUGCUGAGAAUGAAUGGUCUGAUGGGGGCAGUGUGACAUGUCAGACACGUUCUGUUAUCUAUCUACAGUUCACAGAUAUCCCCUCCAUUGCACUUAUAUUUUCUAAUAUAUGCUUGAUUACUCUUCUUAUCAUCAUGGUAUUCAUUUUCGCUUACAAUUACAACACACCAAUGGUGAGGUCUGCUGGUGGCAACAUGUCUUUCCUAAUGUUAGUGUGUCUGAUUAUGUCUUGCCUAAGUGCAUUCUUUUUCUUUGGUGAACCAACAUCUGUAAAAUGUAUGUUAAGAAAUGUCUUAUUUACGUUUUACUUUACCGUCUGUCUCUCAUGUUUAGCUGUUCGUGCCUUUCAAAUAGUUUGUGUCUUCAAAAUGAAUGAGUUCCCUAAUGUGCACAGGUUGUGGGUAAAGUACAACGGCCAGUGGAUGUUUGUCAUCUCGUUCUCUGUCUUUUAUUUCAUUGUUUGUGUUAUGUGGAUGACCUUUGGACCUCCCAAACCCUUCAGUGACUUACUGUCUUUUAAACAACAGAUAUUUCUCACCUGUAAAGCAGGGCAUGUUAUAUCCACUAGCGCAGUUUCAUUCAUAAAUAUUGUUCUUGGUGCCUUGUGUAUCUUGUUUUCUUACAUGGCACGAGAUCUUCCCAAAAAUUACAAUGAGGCCAAAUCAAUAACCUUUAGUAUAAUUUUUUAUAUUGUGAUCUGGAUUGCAUUCUAUACAGCUACUUUUUUCAUUAAUAGCAAAGACAACUUUCUUAUGAAUGCAUUGGUUCAGAUAUCCAGUAUAUAUGGCAUUCUCUUUUGCUAUUUCUUACCAAAAUCUUACAUCAUGUUAUUUCAACCAAAGAAGAACACUGCUGCAUACUUUCAAACAUCUAUUCAAAAUUACACACAAACUAUUAGUAGAAGUUAAACCACAACAAUUCCUUCACAUGGAUAUUUUGAUUACUUUUAGUUUCAGAUAGUUGCUUAAUAACAACAGUAUAUAUAUUACAGAUACAUCAGUUCCCUUUCAGUCGGUCACUACGACGACAAUGAACUUGGCAUUGAGGUAUUUAAUGCUUGCGCCGGCCCGCCAGGUGCGUAUAUAAGCUGCAGAAUACAAAAUUAGCUUUUUCGCCGGCAGUAUCUGCUACUGAGAAGCUACUCUACUCUGGUGGGAACGAUUGCUGAAGUUGGUUGAACUGGCAGUACCACAGCGGACGCCAGCAGUAUUCCACGGCACUGCAUCUUUUUUGUUUUGAGUUUAGUGUGUGUGUUGCUUUUCCCUGUGUGCAUCAUCAACUGAGCAUCUAGAGUAAAUUUCCCUAAAAGAGUAAUACGGAGAGCUUUGUGUCUUGUUAAAGACAGCCACUCUCUCGUAUAUCUGGAGAUCAGCGUCCUUUUCAGGAUGGCUUUUCGUCCAUGCGAUCUUGGGUGCAGAAAGUACAUGGGUCCAAAGGACGAUCAUGAGCGUUGUCUCUCAUGCUUGGGCAUCGAGCAUGCGGAGGCAGCGUUUGCUGAGGGUAAUUGUUCUCACUGCGAGGACAUGUCCCUUGUGGAUUUGGAGAGACGGUUGUCUUUCCUCCGGGAAAAGCGCCACCCCCGUCCUGCGAGUGUCGAGCGCCGCCACGGUGCGGCUGUGAGGCUCUCAAAGGAUGAUCUCCGCAUCACUGUGCUGAACCUCGCAACAUGAAGACCCCCGAGAAUGCCCCAUUAAUGUUGUGCUCUCAUAUCUUCAACAUCGGUUGGAGUGUAGGCUGUCACCCUCCACCAUUAAAGUUGAUAUCGCCGCCAUAUCUGCACAUUACUCUCUAAUAAACGGCAGAUCGGUCGGCCAGCACAAUUUAGUUAUUAGGUUUUUAAGAGGCUGAACCCUUUGCGCCCUCCCUCUAUUCCUCCUUGGGACCUGUCCAUGGUCUGAAAGCCCUGCAGGAACCUCCAUUCAAGCCUCUGCAGUCUGUGAGUCUGAAGUUUUUGUCAAUGAAAACUCUGACCCUGCUCGCAUUGGCCUCCGUGAGGCGAGUAGGGGACCUACACACAUUCUCCGUCGACAAUUCGUGCCUUCAGUUAGGUCCUGCUGUCUCGAGCGUAACACUUAGACCCAGGCCAGGCUACGUGCCCAAAGUUCCCACCACUCAGAGAUCAGGUGGUGAGCUUGCAAGCGCUGCCCCGGAGGAGGCAGACCCAACCAUGGCUUUGUUAUGCCCCGUACGCACACUGCGACUCUAGGUGGAUCGCACGCAAAGCCUCAGGACCUCAGACCAGCUCUUUGUCUGUUAUGGUGGUCAGCAGAGAGGGAAAGCUGUCACUAAGCAGAGGAUAUCUCAUUGGAUAGUUGAUACUAUCACCCUUGUUUAUAAUCUGCAGGGCAUUCCUUGUCUAUUUAAUUUGAGAGCACACUCCACUAGGAGUGUUGCCUCAUCUUGGGUACUCGCUCGUGGUUUCUCGCUAACAGACAUCUGCAGAGCUGCAGGUUGGGCGACACCUAAUACGUUCUUUAGAUUUUACAGUGUUCGUAUCGAGCCUGUCUCCUCUCUUUCUUUCCUCAUCAGGGGGAGCACGGAGAACAGACUCGCAGGUCGGCUUGCAGCCUCCGACUGGUGCUUCACAAUAAGUGUCAGUAUGGAAGGCCUUUAGGACAAAAAUGCGUAAUGGUUUGAUUUGUCCCUCCUCUGCUGCCUUGGCAUCUGAUGUUGCGGAGCAUCGGCUGUCAGCCUCUCACUAGCUGCAACCUCGCAAACCUAUGUGUUGGGGUUGGGCGUCCACAUUGCGCCCCCUACGCGGGGUUCCUUUGUGACUAUUUUCCGUGGGGUUAAUCCUA